UCUCUCUCUCUCUCUCUCUCUCUCUCUCUACUUUCUCUCUCACACACACAAACAGGCAUCUUACACUCGCGCACACACAGACAACACUCUUUGUCCCCUUCUCUCUCACACAGUCGAGUCUUCUCUCUCUCACACAGUAGAGAGUCUUCUCUCACCGUCAUAGCCCAGUAAAACAACUGCUCCCACCCACCACUCACCGCCACCCGAAUCGGAAAAAAAUCCUCUUCUUCCACCGCCAACCACCGCGCCGCCGCCACUGCUAAACCGAAAUUCCCCCCGUCAAAUCGAAUAAACAAACAAAAGAACAAGCCAUAAAAAUCAAAAAAAAAAAAAACCCCAAAUAUAUUGACCGCCUCCGCCACACGCGCGCACACCGCAUCUCCUCCAUUUUUUCCAGCUCACUCUUCUUCACGCCUUUCUCUCUCUACAAAUAUUAAAAUUCCUAAAUUCCGACGUAGUAUUAUUUGAUUUUUUUUUUUCGUUUGAAAAAAAAUGGUGGAGCUUGCACAGAAUCAAGCAAGCUGAAAUCAGUUCGGAGAAUCUCUCCUCAUUCUGAAUGUCGAAAGAGGAAGACGCCCCAAAGGUAUUCCGCGCCCUCAAAGAUAGAGCGGAGCGGAAAUUCGCGCGCGUGCGCGACGCGCCGCUGCAUCCGUACGGCGGGAGCGGCCCGCAGUACGGCCAUUUCUUCCACACGGUUUUCAAGGCUCACAUGAAAUUGUGGAAGUACCAGCAGCAGAAUCGGGCGAAAUUGACGGAAUCGGGGCUCCAGCGAUCGGAAAUUGGGGAGAUCGCUUCCCGAAUUGGUCAGCUCUACUUCAACCAGUACCUGAGGACCAGCGAGGCUAGGUUUCUUCUCGAGGCGUACAUAUUUUACGAGGCGAUUUUCAACAGGAAGUAUUUUGAUGGUUCGGCCAAAGAUCGAAGUAUUAGAUUUAAGGAAUUGAGGUUUUAUGCCAGGUUUCUGAUGGUUUCUCUGGUUCUGAAUCACGUGGAGAUGGUGAAGUUGCUGGUUCAAAAGUUCAAGGAGCUCGUCGACUACAGUAAAGCUGAUUUUCGGGACACCAACUUCAAAGAAUGGAAGCUUGUGGUGCAAGAUAUCGUGCGGUUUACAAAAGCCGAUUCAGCUGUCUUAAAUGCUAGACCAUUGCGUUAUACUGCCACGUUAGAUUCGCAUCCAGCUUCAGCUACAUAUGUGGCCCGUUAUCAUGCUAAGAGACUUCUGAAAUUCAGAGAUGCACUGCUAACAAGCUAUCACAAAAAUGAGGUGAAAUUUGCAGAGCUCACUUUGGACACUUUCAGAAUGCUUCAAUGUUUGGAAUGGGAACCUAGCGGAUCUUUCUACCAGAAACAUUCUGUUGAAGCGAGAGAAAACGGUGGACAAGCUGAUCAUUCUAUUACUUCGGGAUUAAUAGAUGUGAAUUUGAUGGCCGAUAUGACGGAUCCAAAUUUGCCUCCUAAUCCUAAGAAAGCUGUUUUGUACCGUCCGUCUGUAACACAGUUGAUAUCCGUUAUUGCGACAGUUUGUGAGAAACUGCCACCAGAUCAUGUUAUGCUUGUGUACUUAUCCACCUCAGGGACUUCUGGUAAUUGUAGUACUUCGCAAAUGGAAAACCCUAAGAUAUCAAGAAAAUAUGCCAUGUCCAGUGGCCCUGCCAACAACCACCAUGAACAAAGCAAUGGUUUUUGUGAAAAUCAUAUUACUACUAAUGGGGAUUCAGAUCAAUAUUUCAAGAAUUCUUUGUCUUUAGGUCCAAGCAAAAAUGGAGAUUCGGAUAACUUGUUCCCCGGUGAUAUAAUUCCUUUCACAAGAAAGCCUCUUUUCCUGAUAAUAGAUAGUGAUAAUAGUCAUGCAUUCAAGGUUCUACGAGGAGCAGAGAGGGGUGAGCCUGCAGCUUUAUUUCUUUCUCCCUUGGCCCCUUCAUUCAAGAAUUCGAUCGGUAUAGAUAUGGCACGACAUGGAAGUCAGUUCACCUUCUUCCUGACUGCUCCUUUGCAGGCUUUCUGCCAAUUAGUUGAUUAUAACUUAACCAGUGAUGACAUGGAUAUUUACAAGAACGUGGAAAGCAUUCUCUCCACUGCCUUCUCAAAAUGGGAGGAAAUCCUCUGUACUUCAACUGAACUGGAUCUGGUUUGGGCUCAACUUCUAUGCGAUCCAUUUCUGCGCCGCCUUAUUCUUAGAUUUAUUUUCUGCCGAGCUGUUCUCAAUCUGUUUUGCGCACGUGAAAAAGGUGAUCAAUAUCUGCCCGUUUGCCUGCCUGAAUUUCCCGAUUCAGUAGGUGUCAACUCCAAAGCCGUGCAACCUGCAAUCGCCGAAAUCGCGGAACAUUUUAAGGUUGCUCAUUGUUUUAGAUUCUCGUGAAAGGCAUGGCAAUGUGUAUAUCGAAGAAAUCGGCAUGUUUAUUAGUUUAGUGGCAUCUCUGUGGGUUUUUUUUUUAUACAAGAUUUAGAUAUGUAAUUUGUUCAUACCUUGUGUAAAAUAAUAGAAUCGAGUAGGUGUGUUUUGAGGUUUUUCCUUUUAUCCAUAUUUAUUCUUUUUCUUUCUUUCUUUCUUUCUUGUAAGUUUGUCUGCAGAGCUGUUGGUUAGAGUAUGUGUGAAUUUGGAAAGAUGGAUGCACAAUAAAUACUUGUUUGAAACUCUUAAUAAAGUGAAUGAAUUGUUUCA